AUGACCGCAAAUUUGCCCCGCGUCUCCUACAUUAAGGCCAUCGACCUCUGGCUCAUCUUCUCCAUCAUCUUUGUCAUCAGCGUCCUCGUAGAGUACGCCAUUGCCAUCACGCUGCUGCGACGCAAACGGCGAGAAAACUGGCGCAACGACGUGGAGCACAUCGUGAAGGAGGAGUUGGCUCGCUGGUGCGCUGCCUGUCAGCAGACUCAGUUAGCAAACCUGCAGCUCAACACAGGUGGACUGGGACACGAGUUCAGUCAACAGUUUGCCUUCUUCAAUGACCUUGACACAUUUCUGACCCGCACUGUCAUUGAGGAGUCACAGAAGAAGUCUCGAAAGAACAAGAUUCCUGAGGCGACGGAGUCUGAGAUAGACGCGUACAGCCGGUUUCUCUUCCCAACCUGUUACAUCAUGUACAAUGUCUUCUACUGGCUGUAUUAUCUGGUGAUCGUAAAACAGGGCGAGGAAACGGACACCUGA